AUGGCAAAUAUGCAGGUAGCUUGCAAGAUCAUUCCUCGUGGAUCAACGGAAGACGGCCACCACAGCCGUGCAGACAAAGAACGCGCAGACCAAUCGAAAGAGAUCCGUACAGCCAGAGAAGCGGCCAUUGUCACACUACUGAACCACCCACAUGUCUGUGGCAUGCGUGACGUAGUUCGAACCAACUACCACUGGUAUAUGCUGUUCGAGUACGUCAACGGUGGCCAGAUGCUCGACUAUAUCAUAUCCCAUGGCAAGCUCAAAGAAAAGCAAGCACGCAAGUUCAGUCGGCAGAUCGCCAGUGCCCUCGAUUAUUGCCAUCGGAACAGCAUCGUCCACCGUGACCUCAAAAUCGAGAACAUUUUGAUAAGCAAGAAUGGUGACAUCAAGAUUAUCGACUUCGGCCUGAGCAACUUAUUUGCCCCCAGAGGCCACCUCAAGACAUUUUGUGGUAGCCUGUACUUCGCCGCCCCAGAGCUACUCCAGGCUCGGGCCUACACCGGUCCCGAGGUGGAUGUCUGGAGUUUCGGUAUCGUCCUUUACGUCCUGCGUGCGGCUAUGCCUGAAGUCAUGAGCCAUCCCUGGAUGCUUAAAGGUUAUGGAAGUCCGCCGGAUAACUACCUACCUUUGCGGGAACCUCUGACGCUACCUCUAGAGCCUGAGGUCAUCACUGCAAUGACGGGGUUCAAUUUUGGGUCGCCCGACAACAUCAAGGCUCAGCUCACCCGGACCAUUGAGUCUGAGGAAUAUCAGCGAGCAGUACGGACAUACCAGCGAGAGAAGGAUCUUCCCCAGCCUACAAGGGACGUAGAGAAGAGGCGGGGGUUCGGUUUCGAUUUCUACAAAAGGCGCAACUCAGGCACGAGUCGGGACACGCUCACUGCCCCAAGCUCUGAGGGCCUUCAGCUAGGCAGUGACCCCCUCAAUGCAUUUAGCCCACUGAUAUCGAUCUACUACCUGGUGCGAGAAAAACAAGAGCGCGAUCGUAUCGAGCUCCACCCUGGGCAGGUCAGCCAGCCAGCGCAAACACCCCUCCAACAGAAGGAGGGCAAGGACAAAGAGUCUGCAAAAGACCCCAGCCCGCCGCAAAUAACACCGCCCCAAGCAGCCCACACCAAUACGGCUGCAUACGAAAUGCCUGGUGAGAGAGCGACUGGUGGACGGUCCCGCCCCCGCGCACGAACUCAUGGGGAAGACGACGCACCGGAAGCCUUGGCACGCUCGCAACUGUCGCCAGCCAUUGCUCAGCCUAGCGAGCCUUACUCUGAUGGACCGCCCAAGAAGGAGAGCACCGCGGCAGGCAUUUUGAGACGGUUCAGCACUCGAAGACGUCGGGAACCAGAGCGGCUAGACAAAGACCGGUCGCAUCCACCUGUUGUUCAAGUCCGCUCGCCUUCAGAGGCGCCAUCAGCCCCUCGCAAGAGCUUCAGCAUACGAAGGAGUCGGAGGGAUCAUGAUGAUCCCAGCGACUCUGGUCUCCGCUCUGAUGACAGCCAGCCACAGCACAAAGACCUCCUCAGUCCUCCACCUUCCGCCGGAGGGCAUUUCGGCUCCCGACGCAAAGGCUUGGGUAGAUCUACUAGCGUCAACUCGGCUGAUCUCCGACGCCGUGACUCAAGCCGCGGCUCAAAGGAACCGCCACCUACUAGUGGAUCAGACAGAUCUGCUACCGACGACAAAUCGCGGUCGGAGCAGAGAUUUGUCGGGCAAUCGCGAUCCAUAUCUCUGAGGGCAAAAUCGUUGGGCCAUGCUAGGCGCGAGAGCAUCCAACAACGUCGUCUUCGAAGGGAAGAGGCCCGUGAAGCAAAUGUUCCGGAGGAAACGGAUCAGGAGGCUGGGGACCACAGUGGUGUGUCUACUGAGAGGCUGGACAGCUCUGACCUUGCCAAGCCAGUGUUUCUCAAAGGUCUUUUCAGCGUGUCGACAACAUCGGGCAAGUCUGUUCCUGAGAUCCGUACCGACAUCAGAAGGGUCCUGAGGGGACUUGGUGUGGACUAUACUGAGAUUAAGGGCGGCUUUGCCUGUCGACACACUCCAAGCAUUGAUCUUAAGAAGGUGCAGGACCCCCCAGGUAGUCCUGCCGCACAGACACCAGGUCAUCGAAGGCGAUUCAGUUUCGGCGGCAUGAUCGCGAAUGCCGAUCGAGAGCGCGAUGAUUCUCGAGAUGCGCCGGCAACACCCAGGACUGCUGGCAGAGCCGGUGAUCACAGCUAUUCAAACUCUGACGUUUCUGAAGACAGUGUGUCAAGAGAGCUUCCUAGCUCUUCUAGACGGGCUCCAGGCGAGACAAGCACACAAGUACAGAGUGAUCUCGGAGGUGACAUGGUCCUUGAGUUCGAGAUCUUCAUCGUCAAAGUCCCCCUUCUGUCGCUCCACGGCAUACAAUUUAAGCGUCUGGUCGGCAAUACCUGGCAAUACAAGAACAUGGCAGACCAGAUACUGAGAGAGCUCCGUCUCUAG